AUGUCAAAAACAUCAGCCGCUAGACCCGAGUCCGGCUUACAGGAUGUUAGGGUUGAUGUGAUGAGAAAGUCGCGUAUGUCUUCGCAAAAUGGAGAUAAAAAAGGAGCACCUGAGAGAAGCACCAGCUAUGUUUAUAUGAAUUCGGCGUUCAUUGGAAGUUUUAAUAGUGUGAAUGAAGCAAGAGCGCCUCAGCCUCCCACCAGUGUCAUACGAGAGCAGUAUUGGACGUGCUCGAGAUGGAGCUACGCCCAAAAAGUUAUGGCUAUAGCAGUGGGCGUCCUCUCCGGCGCAGUGAUAGGCCUUGCACUCACCGUAGCCCUUAGAAAAGGAGACAAUGACUUGAUCGGUGGUAUAUUCAGAUCCCACGCGGCGCCUGAUUAA